AUGACAUUUGUGAGUCAAAUAAUAAUAGCACAUGGUUUAACGUGCAAUGAAGUUUUGGAAUUUCCCGAUAGCAAAAAGCUGUCGCUGGCCGAAUUGCAGACACUUCAGCCCCAAGAAACGGUUCAGUGCUUGGCACACUUAGGCAAAGAGCGAUUACUGAAAGAGGAAGCCGAUUACAUAUGGCAAUCGAUCGUAACCUUCUUCAGUGGUAUCGCAAAUGUUCCAGAAAGUGUUAUGAUAUUGCUCCACUGGGUCACGCCGGCUUUGACGCCCGACGAUUACUACAACUUGACGCUGAGCAACGUCGACGUAAUUCAGAAUUUCGGUUUCAAUUACGGCUUGGAAGAAGACCAGUUGGCCGCGAUAGCUGAUCGUGUCCGUGAAGACUUCGCUGGAAAGGAGCCGGAGGAUUAUACGUUUUACGAUUUGAUUGCUUUAAGGCAGAUAUUGUGUGCUUUCAACCAGAGUGAAAUCGAGAGGAUACAUCCGGCUGCGUAUAGAGAAGCGGCGGGGACUAUCGGGAAGUUGGAGAAUUGCAAGCCGGAGGUGAUGCAAGGGUUUGCCAACUUGGCAGUUCAGCCCAGGGCCUUCGGUCCUCCAGCGAGGUGGCCUGAAACCCUAAUACACACCCUUGGAAAAGUAACAGAAUAUUUGCCGCAGGAUGUGAUGAGUAGAUUUAAUAAAGCUGACACAUAA